GAUUCCGGAGGAAAUACAUAUACAACGAGCAUAAUUAUACAAGUUAUAGAUGUACCAGAUCGCCCUCCUGUAUGGACAUCAAUUUUCUCGUAUAUAACAAUACCGGAAAAAGAACGUAUGUCGAAGACCGCGGUGGCCAUCGAUGGGGACGUAGCAAUAGCAGCUGUUCUAAACUACAAAAUAAUUACACAAAGGCACGACCUGUUUAAGGUGGAAAAAGAUACUGGUGAAGUUAUUAUCGGACCUAUAGACAGAGAUGAUGAAAAACAAGAAAUAUUUAAUUUCACUAUAAGAGCUUACGAAAAAGACGAUGCAACAUCAUACGUGGAACAAAGCGUUACAGUGAAUGUACAAGAUAAAAACGAUCAUUAUCCGAAUAUUACUGUUACAAAAGAUUCCGUUUCUAUUAAUGAAAGUUCUAUAUCUACUCUGGAUACACAAAUAGAAAUAAACGAUCUAGAUCUGGGGAAGCAUGCCACUUACAAGGUUUCACUGACGCCAACUAAAUUUAGUGAUGCUUUUCGAAUUGUACCGCCUACGGGUUAUCAAAAGGCAUCCUUCUUUAUUUCAGUUGUAAAUAGUGAGCCACUUGAUUACGAAGACCCGGAAUGGAGGAAAUUCGAUUUAGAGAUUCGUGCUGCUGAAACCGUAGAUGAAACUCGUUUCAAUACCACGACCAUCCAUGUAUCGUUACUAGAUUUGAAUGAUGAGCCGCCAGUAUUUGAACAAGAAGAGUACACAGUUAAUGUGACGGAGGAUGCAGGUGCUGAUUUUUCUGUUGCGACUAUCGUAGCAACAGACAAGGAUAAAGACGAUGUAGUAAAAUACAGUUUGCUAGGGUCAGCGGAUAAGAACUUCAGGAUAAGCGAUGCGGGUCUAAUUACGACAAAAUUUGCGAAGGUAUUUGAUUAUGAAAAGAUGACAGUAGUGAUCGUCCAAGUUCUUGCGCAAGACUCACUUUACGAAAAGCCUCACCGGGCAACCGCACAGCUAACAAUCAAUGUUUUAGACGUUAAUGACGAGACACCCAGUAUAAGCGUAGAAGGACUGGAAAUAAGUGUACAAGAAAACGAAGUAGUUGGCAAAUUAAUUAACGAUAAAACUAAAAUUACGGCUACUGAUCCAGAUACCGAACCACUCUUAGAAUUUUCAAUAAAUUGGGGCCGGUCAGUUGCAAUAAAAAAUGGUCAAAAAGUACAACAUGGCAUCGGAUGCGUUAUGGUAGAGACUAAUUUUAACCCCCCAAAUACCGCAACUGCCAAUUUAAGGGUAUCAGAUAAUAAAAAAUGCGUAUUGGAUUACGAACUAUUUGACACAUUGAAUAUUUUCCUUGUUGUCACUGAUAAAAAUCAAAAGAUUGGAAAUGAUAAAGUGGAAGUACAAAUUACGAUUGGGAUUCUGGAUGUGAAUGAUAACGAUCCCGAAUUUGUUCAAGAAACCGUUGGUUCUAAAAAGAAAGUAAUAGAAAGGUCAGCAGAGAGCACAGUAAUUGGUACAGUAACGGCGAUUGAUAAGGACGGUCCCGGAAAUAACGUUGUUAUUUACUCUAUCAGACCUGUCGAUGACAAAACUCCUGAUACGUGGGUGGCCAUCCAUGAGAGUCUAGGAGAAAUAUUUGUGAAAACAGGUAACAAAAUAGAUGCUGAUACACCACCCAUCAAGGAAAUCAGAUACAUGGUUAAGGCAUCUGAUUCUGAGCGGUUUACUGAGACGGAGAUAUCAAUUGAGGUUAUCGACACCAAUAACAAGAUACCAACAUGUACAUUUCCGACUGAAGUACAUAUUCCGGAAUCGAGCGAGACAGGAACAAUUGUCCAGUUCCCUCUAAAGUGUGAAGAUAAAGAUCGCGAUGAUGAUUACCAUACUCCUUGGUUCCAGUUGGCUUCUGACAGUGUUAAAAAGUUAUUUUCCAUUGACACUUUUAACGGAACGGUGAAAGUUUUAACGACGCAGCCUGAAAUCGAUCUAGAUAGAGAAAGUGAAACAACUAAGUUUAAGAUUCCAUUUCGGGUUAACGACAAUUAUUACCGUACAAACACUAACAUACAACAAGGAACGGAUUAUUCUUUUACAAUUAUAUUAGACGAUAUCAACGAUAAUGCUCCAAUCAUAGAAACUAACGAGCUUAGAGCGAUCGAAAGUAUGGUAAAAGAUAAUGAAAUUGGAUCAAUAAUUGCGACGGAUAAAGAUGAAGCAAAUACGGAUAACUCAAAGAUAAACUUUGAAAUAGUAGAAAUAGUAAAAGUGGGGGACGGUGCUGUCGACCUUCCAAAGGAUUUGUUUACAAUUCGAGUUGACAAUCAUUUUUCUGCAAAAGCAACAUUGCUUGCAGGUCAAGCGCUUAGGAGUCAUUAUGGUACUUACGAAGUGAAGAUAAAGGCUGAAGACUAUGGUACGCCUCAUCAAGAAACUAAGAAGUCUUUGAAGGUAACUGUGGAUAGGUACAACUUUUUACCGCCCAUUUUUAAAUUUCCGCUUGACAAUGACAUUAUUUACUUAGCGAAGGACCAGCCUAUAAAAGCCCCGUUAAAUAAAAUGUCAGGGGGUCCACUUGAACCUUUGAGGGUAAGCGACCAACAGAAUGAGAAAUGGGAUAUUGUGAUAACAAUUGACACAGAGACCAACCCCAAUACCAUAUUUGGCAUCCAUAAAUUACAAAACAAUAAGGCGAAUCUAAUUUUAAACGCUUCGCAAGGAAAUAUUACCAGCAUCAAGUUGAAGUUAAUCGCCGAUUGCCAGUGUAAAGGAGAAGAGCCCAAAAAAUCUGAAAUAUUGGUCAACAUAAGAUUUGUAGAUACUACCACCGAACCAAUAUUUCCUAACACAUCUGCUUACAUUGUACUACCCGAAGGAGAGACAGGAUUAACGGAAACACUUCCAAAGGCUUUCUUUAAUGCGGAGGGAGAACAAUGGGCCAAUUUUACUCCAUAUUACUUUUUACAACCGACUGCUAUGGCACAACAUUUUAAAAUCGGCAAAGAAAAUGCCGUAUUAACCUUGAUUGAGGAACUCGAUCGUGAAGCGGUGGCCCAAUUUCAGCUUAAAGUGACCACAUCAAAAAAUUCAGCCGGAAUUAUUGCACCAGCAAAUAGCUCGGUUUUAACUGUUUCUGUUACGGUGCAAGAUAAAAAUGAUGAAACUCCCAAGUUCACUAAAGAGCAAUAUAAUCAAGGAAUUAAAGCGUCUGAUGUACUAGACUCUUCUAUACUAACUCUUCAGGCAAUCGACUUAGAUGAUGAAGGCGAGCUAUGUUUUAACAUAGAGGGAAGGAUUGAAGCAGUUGGAGAUGAAAUUAAUAAUUUGAAUGUGCCCUUUUACUUGAAACCAGGAGCAAAGUUGCAACAAGGGAAUAUUAUUGCUGAUGUUCAUGUACAUCUAAAUUUCUCAGUGCAAUCAAGUAUGGCAGGUUAUUUCCGUUUUAAAGUUAUGGUGAUUGAUGGAGCCGACCACAGAACUACAACCACAGUCAAAAUAUAUAUUGUUGCCGACUCCAACAAAGUUACAUUUAGGUUUCAAAACGAACGAUCACUGAUACAAUCGAAGGAGGAAUUAAUUAAAGAAACUCUAGGAAAAGUUUUUGGAUACGUAUGUCACAUUGAAGCAAUCAGUAGAUCGACCAACGACGCAGGUGAAGUUAUUGACGGGCAAACCGAUGUGGUUGUGUACUUCGUAGAUGAGAAAACAAAUGAGGCUGUUGCUAGUAAAUAUGUGCUACAGUUACUCAGUAAUCCUGAGAUCUUUGCGAAAAUUAAGUCGCCUUUACAGGAUGCUGGCAUUGAACUUUUAAACACGAAUAAUCCAACACAACCUGAAGACUCUGAAGGAAAGUAUAAGGCUUGGCUAAUAGCAGUUUCAGUUGUAUUGGGAACCCUAUGUAUCGUUUUGAUUAUCGCUUUCAUCAUAAAAACCAGAAGUUUAUUGAAACGAUUGAAUAAACUGUCCUGCCCAAAGUUCGGUUCUCAAGAAUCUGGUUUGAAUAGAAUAGGUUUGGCAGCACCCACAACAAAUAAAAAUACGACAGAAGGAUCGAAUCCAGUUUUUAGAGAUGGUGAAAAAGCUCAGGAAAUUGAUCGGGAUCGUUACAGUAUGGGAAGUGGCGAUUCAGAUUUAAUUGGAAUUGAAGAUAAUCCUAACUUUGACUACAAAUCAGAUUUAAAAACUACAUUUAUAAAUCCAGCAUCCAAGAAGUGAACACGCCUUAUAUCGUCAUAUGUCUACAUUUAUUUCUAAAUAGGUAACUUGUAUAUAAAUAGGCUUAGUCUCACAAUGAAUAACAUUUUUACAUUGUUUAUGUUUAUGCCAAGUCUCAGGAGUUACGACAUUUAAAACUGACUAAUGGUGGGUUUAUAUAAGAUUAUCAUUAGUUCACUAUCAAAACCCGAAAUAGCCAAUAGAAACUGAGGUUUAUUGCGCGUUGCUAACCAACGAAACCAUCCUGAGCUUAGUGAACUAAUGAUAAUGAUUAUUAUAAACCCACCAUUACUCUUACAAUGUCUCAAGGUGAUUCAAUAUAACUUUAAUGUUUGUUUAAUUUUAAAUAAAUGUAAUUUAAAAAUUUAA